UUAAAUGCAUUUGUGAGCAUUGGAACAGUAGACAUGGCCCAACGCAAAUCAUGAGAGGACUAUUUCUCUUAAUUUGCGUGCUGCUGCCAGCAGUGCAAGGAAAUCUGCUGUUUUUAAAAAAUCUACAGACAAAUAAUGUGACGGGGUGCUAUACUUCUGAUACGUCGGCACAGUAUACGGUUGCAUUUCUUAGAGAAGUAGGAAAACCUCAAUCAGGAAAAGAUUAUUUUUUACCAACAGAAGAAAAAGUAGUCUCGUUUAUUGAAAAUGGUUUAGACAAAAAAUAUAGCGAUUGCAUAUUGCCUUCAAAAUGCAGUGCGUGGACGACGAGCGGGUUUAAAAAUAAAUCAAAUUUGGAAAACUGGAAUGACGAAUAUGGACCGAUCCUGGACGAACGUUGGAAUUCGCUUCCUGAAACUGUAUCCAGCACAAACUUUAAUUUUGGCAAAACAGCGCACAUGGAAAGGCGGGGAAAAAAAGGAAGGUUUCAUUUUUCAGCCCUCGCAAAGGAAAGCGUCCAAGUUCUGUUGACAGCCCACGAGGAUUGGCAAAAUAAAUCAGGUUUUUACAACGCAUUUGACGGAUUCAAAAGCAAUGCAUCGAAAAUUAGGUACUAUCCGAGAAUACCAGACACAAAUUAUACAUACGCCUUGGGAAUAAAUGAUGUACUCGACGAUACAAUUGUGAAAACUAACACUCCAAUUUUCAACUCUGGCAACAACUGGGCAACGUUCACGGUUGACUUUGAAGUGGAUGACAACAUAACUAAAUUACUUAAAUUUUCUGUCGAUGAUUGGUCGCUUCAGUUCAACUCGUCAAAAUAUCCAAAUGUCGCGGCGGAGACAUUUAAAUAUUAUAUAUUUUCAGCACACAACUUUUAUAGAAGUUAUUUUCGAGUCCACAAAUAUUGGGUUCUGGAAUCUGAGAACAAUAGCAAAGCUCGAAUGACUUCGAAAGUUGAGUUGAAUGAGAUUGCGACUAUCUGCAUGGACAUCAUUGCGUUAAUUAAGGAAAAUGGAAAAUUUUCCGUCCAAGCAAAAUCACGAGGAUUUGAAAAAAACUCUCAAGUUUCUCUUAUGGAGAAAAAUGUUUGGAAAAAAGAGAGAGUCGAAUUUGAGAACAUUCCCAGAGGUAAAUAUGAUAUCACCGUGGAAGGAAACAAUUUUGUGAUCGGACAAAUCAAAUUUUGCGGCAGCAGCAAAUCUGACGGAUAUUUCAUAACAACAAAUACAAAUUUAUCACGGACGUGUAAUUCUCUCGACCCAAGCAAGAAAGGCCAAUUGCCUGCAGAGAGCAAAAAUAACAAUUACAUCGAAAAACUGCCUACUUUCAAUGUCACCGACCACGCAAGGGAAAUUAUCUGCAAGGAACUUGGCAAUCCCGAGUGUGAAAAUAUCCGGGCCUGCGAUGUGAGCGGCUGCUUUUGCUUCUCUGGUUACAGUGGAUCAAUUUGCACACAAAGAUGCACCGAUGGAAAGUUCGGGCCAAACUGUAAAACUUCAGUAGAUUCAAGACAGAAUUGCGCAGGGAAUGGGACGCAUGGUAAUUACAGCGUCCACACGGGGAAAUGUUUUUCGUGUGCUGAAGGAUUUAGAGCACCUGACUGCGUCGAUGGUAUUAUCGUUUACCCUAAUUUUCCAACGGUCACGUCAAUUGGGAAAAUAACGACGGUUAAUUUUUCUUUGGCAUGGGAGGACAAAAAUGUGAAAAAAUAUUUCCAUCGCGGCUUGGUGCAGUUUAGAGAGAAGAAAAGUGAUCAAACAUGGGACAACUAUACAUUUGAAAAGACGUCUCUUAUUUUAAAUGUAACAAAUUUGAAUUUUAACACCACUUAUGAUGUUCGGAUCGUCUUGAUAGAGAGAAACGGCGAAUCCCAUGAAAAAGGAGCUAAAAUUGGCAAUUUUUCAACUCCAAAAUGCUUGCCGAUCAAUUUCGCUGAAUCAGCAGUCUUUGAAAAUGGAUCGUGGAGAUUGACAGGAGACGAAAACUUGUGUAAAAAUUUUGAUUGCAAGCUGCAAUACUCGGAGAAAAAUGUUUCUUGCAAUGAAACAGACAAAAGAAAAAAUUUUACCAUAUUUUUAAAAGCAGAAGAUGGCAGUUCUUUCACUAAAUAUUUUUCAAGCCAAAGUUCAGAAGAAAAUCAAAUUCCAAUUACUUAUAUUCUAAUUGUAGUCGUUUUUGUGGUUGUCUUGAUUUUGGCUGUCAUUUUCCUUGCAAAGUUCCUAUUACGUAAAAUUAAUACAGCACAAGAAGAAGAACCAGAAUAUGCAAUUCCACUCGAAAUAAUGGACAGUAAAAGCACGGGCACGAAGGAAUUAAAACAUAAUCUAGAUGAAAAUCAUGAAAAGGUUUUGAUUGAAAAUUAUCAAGAAUAUUUUUCAACUUCAAUAAAAUCCGGACUACUUUCUGAACAAUUUUGGGCAUUAAUUCAGGGUAAAACAAAGUCCGUCAAUGUUGGUUCGUCUAAAGAAAACAGAAAGAAGAAUCGCGAUGGAGUUUGCCCAGCCUAUGACGAGACAAGAAUUUGUUUAAAAUCGAAAGACGUUGCAGGAAAAAAUUCCAACGACUACAUUAAUGCCAAUUACGUGAAGGCAUGUGGCAAUAAAUAUGUUGCUACUCAAGGACCCAUCAAGUCCACUGUUAAAGAUUUCUGGAGAAUGGUUUGGCAGGAGCAAGCGUCAUUGAUUGUGAUGUUAGUCAACGUAAAGGGAAAUUGGGAGGCGAAUUGUGCAAAGUACUGGCCUGACAAAUGCCAAGUGAUCAAUGUGGGAAGUUUGGAAAUUCGCAACGUCGAGGAAGACGUCUCGCUGGACUUUGUGAAACGAACACUGAGUGUUACAAAUGGGUCGAUAAAUCGAAAAAUCACACAAAUGCAUUUCACGGCAUGGCCUGAUCAUGGAAUUCCAUUUGGACCCCACACAACAGCUGAAUUCGUUGAAAAUAUUUUGAAAAUGGUCAUUUUCAGACCUUUGAUAGUUCAUUGCAGUUCUGGAGAGGGUCGAACAGGCGCAUUCAUUUUGAUUGACGCGUGCCUGCGAAUGGCGAAAAGUGAGGGUCACUUGAACCCUUAUGGCGUAUUCAAGGAGAUCAGACGACACAGAGCUAAUCUGGUUGAAAAUGAGCAACAGUACAUGUUUGCUCAUUUUGUAAUUCAUGAAGCUCUCUGCGUGCCUAAAUUCGGGGUGCCAUGCAAAACUGCAAAGACGGAUAUCAGUAAAUUGAUGGGAAAUGAUCAAGAAUUAUUGAUGAGCCAGCUGAAACAGUUGAAUGAAGUUUGUGCAAAAGAUUGGAGCAGAGUGGAAAUCAGAGACAGUGAUUGUCUUCAGGAGAAAUGCAGGAAGCCGGAGCUUCAGGCUUUGCCUAUGAGGUACGUCAGGUUGGUAACAGAGACCAUGAUUUGCAACAAGAAUCCUUUUAUCAACGCUGUUUACGUCGAUGGAUUCAAGCGAAAAAAUGCAUUCAUAGCCACACAGGUCCCAUUGAGUGACACAGUCAGCGAUUUCUGGCUGAUGGUUUACCAGCAAAAGGUCAAAAGCGUGAUAUUGCUUAAUGAGGCGGAGACAAACGAGCCAAUAUUUAUGCCACGCAAAAAAAGCAGUCCGUUGACAGGUGAAGGACUCGCAAUAUGUCUCCAAGGAAAAUCUGUGAGCAACAAUUACCAAGUUUUCACGGUUGACAUUGAAAAGGAAAACGACAGCUGGGUCGUUGACGUUGUGCGUUUCACUGGGUGGCCGGCCAAUUUAUUGACGAUUCCAAAGCCGAGUAAACUUAUACAGCUGUGGGAGGAUGUUGAACGCAACCACGCUGGAGAAGCGCCCAUAGUUUUGAUGUGCCACGAUGGAGUUACGGCUUGCGGGGCGUUUCUAGCACUUGGUCUUGUCAUAGAAAAAAUUAAGCUAGAGCACGAGAUAGAUGUGGCCUCAGCAGUGCGAGCUGUGAGAAAUGUUCGGCCCGGCUUUGUCUCAGAAAAGGAGCAAUACGAGUUGCUUUACAGAUGCGCUUUGGAGUUCAUCUCUGAUUUUGCGACUUACAAAAAUUUUUAUUGAUGUGUCUUAAUUAAAAAUUUAUUUUUAAGGCUAUAUGGUUAGAAAAAAUUAUAAAUCAUAAACUUCGUUGUGUGCAUCAAAAUUAAAUAAAUUAAUUUAUAAUUGUAUUACUUAAAAUAACUUAAAACAUGGUUAAUGUUUAAAGCCAAUUCAGUAUCAUUCUUAUAAGAGUUGUUAGUAGUGUGGCUAAUAUGCAUAACAAUUAUUUGAAUAUGUUUAAUCAAAUUGAUUAACAUUUUGUUCUUUAAAUAUAAAUCUAUCCAAUCAAAAUAUUCAAAAGUGUUACUUUAUUAUUAAUAAUUUUCCAGAAAAUUUGAAUGAGUUUGGGGCAAAGUUGCCCUCCGUCUGAAUGUAAACAAACCUCUUAAAUUUGAUACCAAAAAAUUAUUGCGCAUUUUUGGUGUAAACACAUAUUUUUUAACACCUGUAAUAAAAACUUUAGAUUUUGAAUGUGAAAAACUUUUGGUUGCAAUUAAACAUUAAACACCUCGCUCACUACGGCUCACUAUAAAUCCUCUGCGUCCCUUUUGAUGUUGAUCAAUUUGCUGAUCAAAGGGCCUGCAAAUUAAAACGCUUAGCUGCCGCCGCCUCCUGUGUACUCGCAAUGUUUUGAUCGAUUGGCCUGCUAAAGUGACGAACGCGUUUCAAAGAGCUGCCAGAGGAUAUCGACAAGUCCGUUGGGGAUAUUUUUACAGCGCCAAAUUGGCUUCUCCCACACAGCAAAUUUUGAAAGGAGAAAAGCAAGCACCGAAAAUUGCCCUGAAUGAAGUGAUCGGCCGCGGCUGCUUAAAUGCCAUCGAUUUGGCGCUUAACACGUACCGGGCCCAGAGCCAAUUAGUCAGAAAGUUUCGUUUGUGGGAAAGGCGGACGCCAA